AUGACGGGAAUAAACAACCGAGUCCAACGCUGUACCCGAGACGACCACACCAAGGACGGAGAACCAACCCAGAUGGAAACGAUUCACAGCCUGAAUGACAUCGAAAAGCUUGCCACGGCGCAGCUAGACAAAAGAACAUGGCACUUCAACUACGCAGCCGCUGGCGACCUGAUCUCCAAACGGCUGGACCAAGAGGUCUACCGUUCAAUCCUCCUCCGGCCCCGUAUCCUCGCCAACGUCAAAGGAUGCGACCUAGCCACUACAGUCAUCGGUAAUACAGUCGGACUACCCUUCUUCGUCGCUCCCAUGGCAAUGGCUCGCCUCGCGCACCCGGCUGGCGAAGCGGGAAUUUCUGCCGCAUGUGCUAGCUUCGGCGCUAUGCAUAUCAUUUCGAAUAAUGCAUCCAUGGCCCCGGAGGAGAUUACCGCUGGAGCAGCGCCUGGGCAGAUCUUCGGAUUCCAGCUGUACGUCCAGAACGAGCGCAGCGAGAGCGAGGCGGUUCUGGCCAGGAUCAAUAAGAUCCCCGCGAUCAAGUGCAUUGUUCUCACUGUCGACGAGAGCGUUCCGGGUAAGCACGAGCUUGGGGAGCGAGGAUUCGAGCCGUACGAUGAAGUGCACGCAGGACAUCCAAGCCCCGUACAGGAAGUAUGCACACCAAGCACAGCGGUUGGCGUGGCCCUCCCAUCAGCCUCUGGACCAGCAUCAGAUCUCGAGUGGAGCGAUACGCUACAAUGGCUCGCGCGACACACCUCACUGCCUGUCAUCAUCAAGGGCGUUCAAACGCAUGAAGAUGCCCGGAUCGCUUCGACCUACGCUCCCCUCGUAAAGGGGAUAAUCCUGUCGAACCACGGAGGGCGUGUUCUUGACACCGCGCCGCCGGCCAUUCACACCCUGCUGGAGAUCCGCAGAUAUUGCCCCGAGGUUCAGCAGAAACUCGAUAUUAUGGUCGACGGAGGGAUUCGACGAGGAACGGAUGUUGUCAAAGCCCUGUGCCUGGGCGCGAGGGCAGUGGGAAUUGGGAGACCGGUGCUCUGGGGACUUGGUGCUGGUGGUGUUGCCGGGGUUGAGAGGGUGCUCCAGAUUUUGACUGAGGAAACCAGGAGCUGCAUGCAAUUGUUGGGCGUGCGGAGAGUGGCAGACCUGGGGAUGCACCAUAUCAAUACGAGUAUGGUAGAAACGCAAAUUUAUAACAGUCGCGAGAAUUGA